AUGACGGGACGACCGCUGCCGAGAUGCGCGGACGAAGAACUCGGGUUCGGGACGGUCAUCACCGAUCACAUGUUGAAGAUUGAGUGGAACGUCGAGCGCGGUUGGAACCAUCCGAUGAUUCUCCCGAGCGGACCGGUGGGGUUGCACCCGUUCGCGCACGUGUUUCAUUACGCCGUGGAGUGCUACGAGGGCAUGAAGGCGUACGUAGACAAUAAUGGAUCGGUGCGAUUGUUUAGGCCAGAGAUGAACAUGCAGAGAUUUCGCGUCUCCGCGAAGCGAAUGUCUCUCCCGGAUUUCGACGGAGAGCAACUGCUAAAAUGUAUCGAAACGUUGGUUGACAUAGACAAGGACUGGAUUCCGAAGCAGAGAGGGUACUCUAUGUACCUGCGACCGGUGAUUUUCUCCACUACGCCUUGGUUGGGCUUGACGCAGUGCGCGGAGGCGAUGAUUCUCGUGUUGUGCUGUCCCGUGGGGCCGUAUUUCAAGUCUGGAUUCGUGCCGAUUAAGUUGAGCGUCGACUCAAAGUACAUUCGAGCGUGGCCUGGGGGCACCGGUAACGUCAAAUCAGGCGGUAAUUACGGUCCUACGGUAAUUUCUCAGGCCGCCGCGACCGCGAAUGGGGCUUCUCAGUCGCUGUUCGUGUAUGAUAAGCACGAAUACGUGACCGAGGCAGGGACGAUGAACAUUUUCUUCCUCAUUCGCAACGAGCAAGGGGUGAAACAACUCAUCACGCCUUCGUUAAAAGAUGGUACAAUCUUGCCUGGAGUCACGAGGCAAAGCGUGAUUGAGCUUAGCCAACAAUGGAACGAAUGUGAGACUGUAGAAAAGAUGAUUCCUUUCGCCGAGAUCAAGGCGGCGUUUGAGAGAGGCGACGUGUUGGAAAUCUUUGGCACCGGCACCGCCGCGGUGAUCCAACCAAUCAAUGGUAUCGUGUACGAAGGCAAGGAGUACAAACCGGUCGUUCCAUUUGAUGAUUCGAUGCUUCAGGUUCGGCUCACGAAUUUCCUCAUCGGUGUGCAGUACGGAGACAUCGAUCACCCGUGGUCGCACGUCGUCCCACCCUCGACGACUUGGUCCAAACCCAUGUGA